AACAACUUUGUGUGUUAUACAAUAAAACUUGUAAACUGAAGGCACUAAUCAAUACAAAUGGAUUUUUUGGAAAUGCCCAGAUUUUGGAUUCUCCUAAUAGCAUUAUGCUUAUGUAACUCUCUGAACGCUAUAAAAACUGACAAAAUGGUCAAUUGUUAUUAUAGUUCUUGGUCGCACAAUGACAAUUUUCGUGUACAUCUUGACCCUAAGGAUAUUGAUCCUUAUUUGUGCACUCAUUUGAGUUUUGCAUUCUUAAACAUAGGCACUAGUGGACAAUUUAAUGUUGAAGAGGAUUUAAUAUAUGGCUUGCUUAAUCGCACGUUGAACUUAAAGUGGCGAAAUCCUUCACUGAAGAUCCUUGCCGUUGUUGGUGGUUCCAGGAUUAGCUCUACACAGUUCUCUCUAUUGGCUGCAAGUGAAUCGCAACGAUCGCUUUUUAAAUAUUCUUUAGCUGCUAACUUGUUACGAUUGGGCUUUGAUGGACUAGACUUGCAUUGGUUAUACCCGGGAAGUUCUGGGGUAACUGGGGACAAACAGAACUUUGUAACGCUCUUAAGUGAAUUGAAAGAAACCCUUCAACCCUUGAAUUUAGAAUUUGGUGUAACUGUUAGUGGUAAAAUAAGUUACGCUCGUAAAUGGUAUGAUGUGGCCAAUAUAGCGAAACAUGUUGAUUUUAUCAAUAUCAUGACCUAUAAUUAUACCGAUGGGAGCAGUGUGGCCCAUGAUGCUCCUCUAUUCAGUGAAGAUGAGAAUAAUGUGCAUGCCACUAUACAAUAUUGGAUAGACGAAGGAGUGCCAGCUUCAAAGCUUAAUAUGGGUGUAGCUUUUACUUCUCGCACUUUUAUUAUAUGGAAUAACGAAAAUCUUCGAACUAAUACAGGCAUUGAUGUAAAAUGGCCCUUUUCCGAUAUUGAUAGCGAGUUUAAGCCUUAUGCCCAAAUGUGUCACCUUGAGUAUGCCGAUUUGUUUUAUAAUACCAGUUUUGGAUUCGAUGUUGAUGCUGGGGCCAGCUUUGUACAGGAUGAUGUCACCUGGAUUGGUUAUGAGUCUCCUAGGGCUUUGGAAAUGAAAAUGAAUUAUUUACAGGCCAAGAAAUUGGGUGGCGUUAUGGUCUGGUCUCUGCAGAAUGAUGACUUUCUAGGGACUUGUUCUGAGAAAUACCCACUAUUGCAAAUAAUCAAUAGAAAACUGGACCAUAGAUACGAAUGUCGUUAUAGAAUCUGUUGUAUAAAAUCAAUUCGUCUAAGAUCUUUUUGUUUUUAUAUCGAGUGAUGAAGAACAAGGAGAAAGAAAACGUAAAGAAAAUAAACUACACAAAUGGAGCCUUUGUAGAAACUUAGAAA